AUGACAUCCCCUGGUCCGUGUGACACUGGGCUAGGUGGGCGAGACCGUUCCGAGCAGGAUAGCCAGCUUCUCGCCGACCUGCGAUCGACCGAUCCUCGAGACGACAAAACACGCAUCGAACGGACCAAGGGUGGCCUACUGCAUGACUCAUAUCGUUGGAUCCUUGACAACAGUGAUUUUCAGCGGUGGCGCAAUGACGAUCAGAGCCGACUUCUUUGGAUUAAAGGAGAUCCCGGCAAAGGCAAGACGAUGCUGCUCUGCGGUAUUAUCGAUGAGCUAGAGAAAUUACCAACAGAUGCUCGUCUUCUGUCUUACUUCUUCUGCCAGGCGACAGACGCACGACUCAACAAUGCUCUAGCUGUGCUUCGUGGCAUCGUCUAUCUUCUUCUUAUCCAAAGACCGUCACUUGCUACGGUCGUGUAUGAGAAGUACAAUGUUGCAGGCAAAGAGCUAUUUACAGACGCAAACAGCUGGGAUGCACUUUUCAAAAUUUUUAUUACCAUUCUAGGCGAGGCAAGACUACAGAACACCUUCCUUGUUAUUGAUGCGCUCGAUGAGUGCGAGACAGACCCGAUCCAGCUCCUAUACAUGAUCGUUCAAGUAUCAUCAUUGCCGAAUGUCAAGGUCAUUGUGUCUAGCCGCAAUUGGCCAAGUAUCGAAGAUGCCCUGACUGCUGCUACACAAAAGGUUCGACUUUGUCUAGAGUUGAAUUCAGCGGCUAUUUCUGUCGCUGUCAGUAAGUAUAUUGAGUGCAAAGUAGAACAGCUGGCGCAGUCAAAAAAGUACGAUAUUGCAACGCGCGAUGCUGUUCAGCAACAUUUGGUAUCCAAUUCAAACGACACUUUCCUCUGGGUUGCCUUGGUCUGUCAAGAGCUGGCGGAUCCAAAGGCCCGAAAAUGGCAUACACGCGCGAGACUACACACAUUCCCGCCAGGGCUUGACUCCAUGUACAAACGGAUGAUGGGCCAUAUCAACCUUUCGGACGAUGCGAGUCUUUGCAAGAAGAUCCUUGGAAUUGUGUCGGCGGUAUACAAACCUCUUACUCUGGCGGAGCUCACAUCGCUUAUCGAAUUCCCGGAAGAGUUUCCCGCUGACCUAGAAUCCCUCGAGGAGGUUAUCAAUCUCUGUGGCUCUUUUAUAACAAUUCAAUAUGGCACCAUAUAUUUUGUACAUCAGUCAGCGAAAGACUUCCUGCUGCAGAGGGCGUCCACCGACAUUCAUCCCUGUGGCAUAGAGCAGGAACACCGAGUAAUUUCCACAAGGUCGUUACAGGCGAUGACGAAACUCCUCCAACGUGAUAUAUACAACCUCCAGGCACCAGGGUUCCCUAUAGACGAGGUGAAAGUGCCUAUCCCCGAUCCGCUAGCACCAGUCCGAUACUCUUGUGUCCACUGGAUCGACCAUCUUGUGGAAGGAAGUUCUGCCACGGGGAGUAGCGUUAAUGGUAGUGAGCUGGUGUACGAAUUCUUGAGACAGAAUUAUCUCUCCUGGAUUGAGGCGGUUACGGUUAGUCUUAUGAGAGGUUUAUCAAAGGGUAUUUUUCAGAUGACCCGGAUGGCCUAUUUAACGCAGACACAGAGACGAGUAACAACGCUAGGGGGGCUAUUGUGGGAUGGCCUGAGGUUUAUGAGGGCCCAUCGGACGUGGAUUGACCGGAUUGCCCGUUUAACGCAGACACAGAGACGAGUAACAACGCUAGGAGGGCUAUUGUGGGACGGCCUGAGGUUUAUGAGGGCCCAUCGGACGUGGAUUGAAUCCAACCCCCUUCAGAUAUACCAUUCGGCACUUCUUUUCAGUCCUAAAAACAGCAUUAUAAGGGGGCUCUUUCGUUCGGAGGAGCCAACAUGGGUGUUGACAAAGCCUAACAUGGAAGCUGACUGGAGUGCACGCUUACAAACGCUUGAAAGCCACUCAGGGACAGUUCUUUCGAUGGCCUACUCAAACGACGACACACUACUAGCAUCAGGGUCAGAAGACAGGACUAUUAAGAUCUGGGACACGGCGGCUGGCCAGUGUUUGUACACAUUCGAGGGCCAUAAGGACGACAUCUUAUCAGUAGCCUUCUCGAAAAACGACACGCAGCUGGCAUCGGCAUCAAGCGAUAGAACUGUCAAAGUCUGGGAUCUGGCUACGGGUCAAUGCCUAUGUACGCUGAGAGGCCACAAUAAUAGCGUUACUUUAGCAGCCUUCGGUAACCCCACAGAGCUAAUAUCGGCGUCCUUCGAUAAUACUAUCAAAGUCUGGGAUACAACGACGGGCCGAUGCCUCCGGACUUUAGAAGAUUAUAUAGAUGUCAUCCAAAUCGAAGCUUCUACAAAAGGGACGAAAAUAGCGUUGGCAUCAAGCGAGCAUGGUUUCACAAUCCAGGACAUGACAACAGGAAAGCUUCUUCAGACCAUCAACGACCGUCUUUGCAAUAUAUCACGAGAGAAACAAACAAUAGCGUUCAGCGAUGAUAUGCACCUUGCUUCAACCAUUUCAGGUUCAGUCAUCAAAUUGUGGGACACAGCUACAGGACAAUGCCUCCAGAUACUUGAAGGCCAUAGAAGCCAAGUCAAUUCCGCAGCAUUUUCGGGCAACGGCGACCAGCUAGUGUCGGCGUCUUUCGACCACAUCAUCAAAGUCUGGGACACAUCAACGGGAAAGUGCCUAAAGACAAUCUAUGACGUUACCAGGUCCGCAUUGGUAGCCUUUUCAGGUGACGGUUUACAGUUUGUGUCAACUUCAGCAUAUGGCACCAUCAGCAUCUGGGAUGUACGUGCAGCAACAGAGAAGGACUUUAAUGUUCUUGAUCAAGAUAUUACAUCCCUCAUCUUGUCAGAUAAUUGUUCAAAGCUAGCAUCAACAUCAUGGGAUUGUAAUAUUAGACUGUGGGAUGCCUCGACAUGUCAGUGCCUCAGGGUCCUAGAGGGCCAUAGGAUGCUCAUCACCUCAGCGGUUUUCUCAGGCAACAGCAUGCAGCUGGCAUCUGGAUCACUAGAUAACAACGUCAGAGUAUGGGACGUAGCAACAGGCCGGUGUCUCCACACGCUCAAGGGCCGCAGAGAUGGCGUAGUUGAAGUAACAUAUUCGAACGACAGCACGCAGCUAGCUUCAGCAUCAUCGGUGGGAGAUGUCAAAGUGUGGAACCCAGCAACAGGCGAGUGCCUGCGCGUCAUCAAAACCUACAACAGCUUCAUUAGGGCCUUGGCCUUCUCAAGUGAUGGUAGUCGGAUAGCCUGGGCGGCCUCACUGGGUCCCUUUAAUGAGGUACGGGACGUAGCAACAGGGGCAUUCCUCCAGAAGCUGACCAACUUUCCUGGUGCAUCUUUAAUCGCAUUUUCGGGCAACGAUAGACAAGUAGCCACCGCAUCGGAUGACACUAUCGCUUUAUGGGAUACAACAACAGGCCGACGCCUUCACACCCUUAGAGUCAGCGGGCCAAUAAAGAGUUUAUCAUUUUUGACAACCGAUUCCCAACUCUUUACAAACUUUGGAAUUAUCGACCUAGACAAAUUGCCGAUGCCCGCUACCACGGAUUCAUCGUCUCUACACCCAAUAGACAGUGUUGUACACAUAUCUCAAUUUCAAGGUUAUGGAAUCAGGGACCAAACAUGGGUCACCAAAGACUCCAAAGACGUACUAAGGCUACCAUCGAAUUAUCGUUUGGGCGCAUAUGCUAUAAAUAGGUCUGGAGUGGCGAUUGCUUAUAGCGCAGCUGACAUGGCGUUCCUAAGGUUUUCGUGA